GAAAUGAUUAAGCGCCCCUGCAAUCGUUGAAAGUGGAGUCGCGGCAAUGUCGCCAAGUAGCCCCUUUCAAGUGAAAGAGGAAAACACGAGUAACAGCCCAAUCAGGACGCGUCAAAGUCCUCUUUGACUUGAAUCUCGAGCUGGAAUAAUGAUGUAGGAGGUUGUUCACAAGGUUCUCGAGCUUUCGUACAGGGAUGAACCUUGGCCACUAUUCCUCGAUUUCCGAUGCAGCGACAAUGGUAUCAUUAUUCCAGAGUACCAUACCAACCCCGACAACCCGCCACCUCCCGAUUUCUGCGUCUACGUAGAAACACCGCUCGUCGGCAUGUUGCCCGAUUGCAUCGACGAUAUGCAAAAGAGACUCGUCAGAAACACCUUCAACCACAUCGACCUCAAAUCCCUCCGAUCCCAGCGACCAAUAGCGUUCCACGUCCAUACCCUCUCGCAGAACACAGACCGCGAACUCCAGCGGGUCCGAACAGCAUUCGCCGCGCAUUGGGGUUGGCUCAAGCGCAUGAUGCGGAUGAGAGAGAAGAUUGAUAUGGAAUGGCCGAAUCAAGCGUUCAGUUCCAUGAUUGAAAAUCCGUAUGACGUUCCCGAGUUCCUCCCGGGCAUCAUCAUCCACAAGCAGAACUGGUUCCUCAGCAUUUCGAAAUACGGCGAAGAUAAUCCGAGGUUCUAUGCGAUCGGCGAUACGGAGAGUUCGAUGGGCGUUUAUAAGAUCGUGUAUGUGUUGCAGGUUCUGCAGAAUUGGGCUAAGACGGAGUAUUGGGACUGGAUGCGGAAGCUUUUGGUGCUGUGGCCUUUGGAUCGGGAUGGAAGGAUAAGAUAGUAGUUUUCAUUUAGUGAUACCCCUAGAUUGUCAGGAUACCCUUUUGUACUGUAGUCUCUUGUCUUCAUUUUGUUCAUGGCAUCGGCGUAAGGUUUAUUUAGUUGAGUAUACAAUCUCAGAUACUUCCUC